AUGCGUAACAUAUCAGAGCCGAUGAUUAUUGGAGGUGACUUCAAUACUAUCUUGUGGUUGGAUGAAAGAGCUGGAGGUAAUGGGUGCCUGUUUACUGAUUCCCUUGAGUUUGGAGCUUGGAUUGAUAACCUAUCUCUGAUAGAUAUGGGGUUUAAGGGCUCUAAGUUUACCUGGAAAAGAGGUUGUGAGGAGAGGAAUUUUGUGGCGAAGAGACUAGAUCGGGUGCUCUGUUGUGCGAAUGGAAGAUUGAAAUGGCAGGAACCUACAUGUACACACUCACCCUUCCUGUCGUCAGAUUAUGCUCCUUUGUUUCUCCAGUUGUGUCCGGUGGUGAAGGGGGACCCGAGAAGGAGACCUUUCUGGUUUGAGGCGGCCUGGCUAAAGCAUGAAAGCUUCAAAGAUCAUUUAGAUGCCUCUUGGAAGAAUGAUAUCUCAACUCCGGAGGCAUUGCAUAUUUUAUGGGUCAAACUUAAGCGGUGGAAUGCGGAGGUGUUUGGGGAUGUGCAGCGUAAAAAGGAUAAAACAGUGGAGGAGUUGUAG